UCGCCCGGCGCUGUAUUUCCCAGCCAUGAGGAAGGGUGCUGCUUGGGGUAGCAGAAAGUGACUCUUCCAACAGCCAGAACAGUGACUUGGGCUGGAACGUGGUGGAAAUGGAGCUGUGGAAGCAGUGUGCCCACUGGCUUAUUCAGUGCCGAGUGCUACCCACAAACCAUAGAGUGACCUUGGAGGGUGCCCAGGUCUGCGACUUGGCCCAGGCCUUGCGUGAUGGUGUCCUCCUCUGUCAGCUUCUGAACAACCUCAUUCCUCAUGCUGUCAACUUACGGGAGAUCAAUUUGCGCCCUCAGAUGUCCCAGUUCCUGUGUCUCAAGAACAUCCGAACCUUUCUUGCCACCUGCUGUGAGAAGUUUGGUCUGCGCAAGAGUGAUCUCUUCGAAGUCUUUGACCUGUUCGAUGUGAAGGACUUUGCAAAGGUGAUAGAAACCUUAUCAAUACUGUCAUGGACACAGGUUGCCCAGAACAAAGGAUUCAUGCCAUUCCCUACAGAGGACAGCAUUGCUGACGAUGAUAUAUACAGUGGCUUAUCAGAUCAGAUUGAUGACACCAUGGAGGAAGAUGAUGACCUGUAUGACUGUGUGGAGAAUGAGGAGGCAGAAGGAGACGAAAUCUACCAGGACCUGAUGAGGUCAGAGCCAGGUGUCAUGCCGCGAAUGACUGAACUGGACAAGAGAAAAUGCUGCAUUCAAGAGAUUCAGCAGACAGAAGAGAAAUACACGAGCACACUAGAAUCUAUCCACCAGCAUUUUUUUAAACCACUGCAGCAGUUCAUACGGCCUCAGGACCUGGAAAAUAUUUUUAUCAACAUUGAGGAACUGUUGAAGGUUCAUCGGUGCUUUCUGGCAGAUCUGAAAAAUUCAUUGUCAUUUAACAUCUCCCAGAAUCUCCACCAGGUGUUCAUCAGAUACAAAGAGAGAUUCUUGCUGUAUGGUCGAUACUGCAGCCAGGUAGAAGCAGCUACUAAAUACCUAGAUCAGGUAGCCAAUACAAGUGUGGAUGUGCGCAUGAAACUGGAGGAAUGUUCCCAACGAGCCAAUAAUGGACGCUUCAGCCUGCGUGACCUCCUCAUGGUACCCAUGCAGCGGGUGCUGAAAUACCAUCUGCUCCUGCAGGAGCUGAUCAAAUAUACAGUGGAGCCAACUGAAAAGGAGAACCUGAGGCAAGCCCUGGAUGCCAUGCGGGAUCUGGCUCAGUGUGUGAAUGAGGUCAAGAGGGACAAUGAAACACUGAAACAAAUCACAAAUUUCCAACUCUGCAUAGAGAAUCUGACGCAAUCCUUAGCCCACUUUGGAAGACCGAAAAUUGAUGGGGAACUCAAGAUCAUCACUGGGGAGAGGCGUUCCAAAAUGGACAGGUAUGCUUUCCUCUUGGAUAAAGCCCUCCUCAUAUGCAAACGAAAAGGCGAUUCAUAUGACAUGAAGACUUUUGUUGAUCUGUCAAACUACCAGGUCCGGGAUGACUCUUCUGUGGAGAAGGACAACAAGAAGUGGACUCACAUGUUUGUUCUCAUCGAGCUUAGUGGUCUCUCUGGCUAUGAACUGUACUUCAAGACACGGGAGCUGAAAAAGAAGUGGAUGGAACAAUUUGAAAUGGCUCUCUCUAAUAUCUACCCUGAAAAUGCCACAGCAAAUGGACAUGAGUUCCACAUGUACUCCUUUGAGGAGACCACCUCUUGCAAAGCCUGUCAGAUGCUGCUGAGAGGGACCUUCUACCAGGGCUACCGCUGCAGCAGAUGCCGAUCACCUGCUCACAAGGAAUGCCUGGGCCGAGUGUUACCAUGCGGAAGGUCCAGCUCAGAGUUUGGAUCCACUGUGAAAAAGAAUAAAUCCAAUCAGCAUACGUCGGAGGGGGGGAAAACUGAUCUGGGGCUGCCUAAGUUGGAAGUCCACCAGGAGUACUAUGGUGUGCCUCCCCCACCUGUGGCAUUUGGACCAUCACUGAAGCUCAAUGUGGGGGAUAUUGUGGAAGUCAACAAAGCUGAGGCAGAACAACUGUGGUGGCAGGGAAGGAACAUGUCCAGCAAUGAGGUUGGCUGGUUUCCUUGCAAGAAAGUGAAGCCGUACAUCUCUACUCCUCCCCCAGAUCUAUCAGUUUACCACUGGUAUGCGGGAUCUAUAGAAAGGACAGAAGCAGAACAAAUCCUUGCCAGUCGUUCAGAUGGGACUUACCUGGUGCGGCAGAGAAUCAAGGAUGCAAGCGAGUUUGCCAUCAGCAUUAAGUUCAAUACUGAGGUCAAGCACAUCAAAAUUCAGACCAAGGAUGGGCUGUAUCGCAUCACAGAGAAGACAGCCUUCAAAGGACCUGUAGAGCUGGUGGAGUUUUACCAAGAGAAUUCCCUGAAGGACUGCUUCAAGAGCCUUGAUACUGCCUUGCAGUUUUCUUUCAAAGAACCUGAGAGUAAAACAGCAUCCAAGCCAACUGGGAAAAACUUGAAGUACUUUCGUUCAGCAAAGGCACGCUACAGUUUCUGUGCACGAGACCGGACUGAGUUAUCCCUCACAGAAGGAGACAUCAUAAAGAUUCAGACCAAGAAGGGACCACCAGGAUGGUGGAAGGGAGAGAUCUAUGGCCGGGUUGGCUGGUUCCCUGCAAAUUACGUGGAGGAGGAUUAUUCAGAGUACUGCUGAGGGUAUAGCCCAAACAGACAAAGUGAAAGAUCAUUUGGAAGCCCAUCACGGAAUAACCAACUGAAUCAGUCAGUUUAGAGCUGAUGGAAAAAUUACUAUUAUUUAUGAACUCUUUUCACUCCCCUACCUCUAUUUCCCAUCAAUUCCUGUCCUUCAUUAUGUGUUAGUUCUAAUAAACAGAGUGGCUAAUAAGAA